AUGGAGAACGCGUGCAGGACGGGGAACCUCGAGGCCGUAAAGGGCCUCGUCAACGUCGACAGGAACAGGGCUCUGCGGGAGGAUGCUUCAGGGCAAACGCCGCUCCACAGGGUGGCAGCGUACAACCACAUGGAGAUACUCAACUUCCUCAUCGACUAUGUCAACGUCUGCGAUCAUACUGGCAAGACUCCGCUGCACUUCGCUGCUGAGAAGGUGAACGCAGAGAUCCAAGGGCAGCACUACCUGACGCCCCUGCACCUUGCCGCAAUACACGGACACAACUCGGUGUGCAAGGCACUCCUGGCCGCGGGCUCGAUCAUCGACUCACAGGCGGGAAAGGAUCACUCGUGCGCCCUCCACCUGGCGUCCGAAGGCGGACACACCACGACCGUGAGGUUGUUGAUAGGCGAGGGUGCAGACGUGAGCAUCCGAGACAAGCAUGGGCGGAAAGCUGUUCACGUCUGCAAGGACAGGAAGACGAGGGACGUCUUCGACUCUUUCCGGCUACGCGCGACGGCGAGUGCGAGCGAGGAGGGGGAGGAGGCUGAGCGGCAGGGCAGGUCCAUCCUGCGGCAUGCACAGUCAAGGGACCUGGGUUACAUGUCGCAUGUCCUUGUGAAGCUGAUGACGUCAUCGCCCUGCCCUGCUGCUGCACAGCUGAGGGACAGGAAUGGGAACUUGCUGCAGGACCAGGGAGGGAUGAUCAAGGCCUCAGUUGACGUGCAGGACUUGCACACGGGGCAGACGAGAGAGGCAGAGGUGGAGCCUCAUGAGGAGCUGGCGGGGCCGAUGGUCUACUUCAACGCCUCCGUCGUCGGGCAUGUCGUACGCGGUGCACGUAAGGAUAGCAAACGCCCUUGA